AUGCCCGCUCAGAGGCUACUCCGAAAGUCACCGCUCCAAUGCUCUCAAUGUAGUGAGCUACAGAUGGAGUGUUCAAAGACUCGCCCUCAGUGCGACGGAUGCAGGCGUCAUCGCCUAUCCUGUCGUUACGGUGACUCGGCUCCCUCGAAACAACGCCGACCACACUCCGGUGUUCGGGCCUCCAAAGCGACCCCGUCCAAAGCGAAAGCUUCCUCUUCCUCCGACGACUCGUCCUCGUCCUCGUCGUCGUACUCCUCACCUUCCCCUCCCGCCCAACAAUAUCCUCCUGCUGCCGCCAGCCCCUCCACAUCCAAUUCCCCCGAGUCCAAUAUCUCCGAGGUCGAUCAGGAUGACAAGAGCAAGGUCUUGGAGGCUCAGGCUGGCAAACCGUCCGAGGACCCGAAUCCCGAAGAUCAGUGCCUAUUAGAUAACUGGUACAAGUCCACGCAACAAUCCCUCGCGCACAGCAAAAGCGGGGACCAUCCAUGGCAGGCCAUUAUCCGGCGCGAGACGUCCCAACACCCUGCCUUGAGGCAUAGCACGUUGGCUCUGUCCGCCCUAGAACUCGCAUCUACCAGUGAGGCUGGUACUCCGCAACGCGAGCGUCACUUGCAGGCGGCCGGGAAUCAUUACACGCAAGCCACGGAGAAGCUACUGAACGUCCUAGAAACCCCGACAGCGUCCGGGCCCAAUGCAGCAUUCUCCGCUGCAAGUAUUCUGUUUAUGUGCGACCUUGCAUCCUCUGCGCUGGCCGGAGAGGGCUCCAAGUCGGUACUCCCGUCGCUCGACAGCCAGACACCCACCGCUCAAACGGAGAGUCAUGACCCCUCGCCUUCAUCCUCUUCUUCCCUGCAGAAGCUCCUCGACCUCUUCGACACCAUCAGAGCAUUACUCCCCAGCCCCGAGACCCUAAACAAAGUCGAAAACGGCGCGCUCAGAGACCUUUUCACCCAAGGAGAUCCGUACCACCAACUGCCCAGCACCUACACCCUCACCAUCCUCUCCAUGAAGAACCUGAACGCCGUCAGCGCGAAAAAAGACCCAGCGCACGAGACGGCCGUCUACAACGACACCAUCGCGAACCUAGACAACUCGCUCGAAAUGCUCACCAAAGGCGGCGAUCCGACGACGAUCGCCCUGCGCUGGAUGUUCCGCAUUCCCAGCCGGUACCUGGAUCUUGUCCGGGAGGAACAACCCCUAGCGCUCAUAAUCUUCGCCCAUUACUGCGCGGUUUUGCACCACCUCCGCGACCGGUGGUGGAUGGGUGACUUGGGGGCUCGGUUGUUGAAGGAGAUCUGUCGGCUUCUUGGGUCGGAGCGGAUGGGCUCGAUUUUAUGGGCCACGGAUAUCGUAGGCAUCCAAACAUAA